UGAGAACAUAAACAUACAAGAGCAGUACCAGAGGCAAAGUAGGAUCUCUUGCUGCUUAAUCUUCAGGAUGGAAUUAAUAUUGCUUUUGGCUAUAUUUCUGCAUAUUGAUGGAUGCAAAACAGGGGAUUUCAUAACUGUUACUGAGGACACUUGGACAGAACCAGAGGAUACUAAUGUACGGAGGUUACUUUUUGAGCUUAAUCCUCAAAUAUCUAUUCCUAACACGCAAAGUCCAGAAGAAAUAAAAACCACACAAUUUCAAGAUGAAGCCACAGCUCUGCAAUCUUCAACGUCUACAACAGCUAUUUUACCAAAAGCCAGGAGGAAAGAAUACAAAAUGUUUGAAAAGAUUAUAAGAAUGCCUGUUAGAGCACCACCACCUACAGAGGUUACGAGAGAAGAAGCCACUAAGGUCAAUGAUGAACAGUUGAUGGCCACAAAGAAGGCACCACCACAAACAGAGAAUGUCCAACCAGGAACGAACCGUUCCCCAAGGCAGAACUACUACAAGAGUAACAGCCAGAAACCCAGCUUUGAAACAACAAGGGGAAAAAAUUGGUGUGCGUAUGUCCAUACACGACUCAUGCCAACUGUUGCAAUGGAAAAUGUGGAAACCUAUGUAUCUGGGGGAACGAAUCCUUGUGCUUGGAACAUUGGAGCCUGUUCAGUGAGGAGUCGCAUCAUCUCAAAACCAGCUUACAGAAUGAGGCAUAAAAUAGUGACAUCUUUGGAAUGGAAGUGCUGCCCAGGAUACAGUGGACAGCAUUGUGUGGUCUCAGCUCAACAGAUUCAGCGGCAGAUACAUGGAAGCCAGGCGGAAAGCAGUCUUUCGAUUAAUACAGUAGAUUCUGGUGACAGAGAAACAGCAACAUAUGACCAAGCAUUGCAGCAAAAACUGACAGAUCAGAUUUACAGCCAAGAAAUGAAGCUGACUCUUCUUAAUCGGAAUGUGGAGAACAUUUCGUCUAGCCUGAACGACAUACACAGUUCACUGUAUUCGCUGGAGGAGAAGAUCAAUGAUGCUGAUAAAGGACAAAAUCUGCAAUCAUUCCUUAAAGAUCCAAUGGCAAAAAGUCUUACAGAGCUUAUUAAAAACAUUGUUAAAGAUCAGUUUACCAUACUGCAAAUGGACAUGAAAGAAACCAUCGCCCAGAUCUACAAAACUGUGUCUGAAACCUCUCUAGAAGUUGAAAAAAUUAAGGAAUCUGUGAAACAUUUAAAUACUACAAUAACUUCUGCCCAUCAAAAGUGUGCAGAAGAAGAAGAAAACAAGGCAAGCAAGGAAGAUGUGUUAGAACUAAAGAACCGAAUAGAGCAUUUAAAAAAUACUGCUUUUGUUUGCACCUCCUCGUUUAAAGAUAUGGAAAAAAGGCAUAGUGCUCUCGAAGAAGAAUUAAACCAUGAACAAUCCAGGAACAGAGAUUAUUUUGAAACUCUGAACAGUACGUUGAGCAAAAUGAAGGAGAUUCAUGAUCAGAUGUUGACUGGGAAUCAUGUUAAGGAACAAAGAGUACAAAUAACUCCAUAUAACUUCAAUGACGAUAAUGUAACUGAAUAUCUUUUGGCUCUACAGGAGAGGAUGAAAAAACAGAAUAUAAUGAUGCUUCAACUCUAUGAUGAUAUUUAUGCACAAGACAGCAAAAUCAAUAACCUUACCGUUACUUUGGAUCUUCAGAAACAAUCAAGUGAAAAAGCCUGUGAAGACAAAUUUGCAACCUGUAAAGAUGACUUUCAGAAACAAUUAAAAGGCACUGAAGAGAAUAUGCAUGUCUUAAACAAAACUGUCUCUGAUGUUGUCAUUCCCUUGGAUGACAAAAUUGAUAAAAUGAACGAGCAGAUAAACGAUUUGUGUUAUGACAUGGAAAUACUGCAACCAUUCAUAGAAAAAGGGGCUCCGUUUAGUAGGACAACUGAAUAUGAGCUCAAAAAUGAUGUAAAUGAAGUUAAUCAGCAGAUUCAAAACAUUACAGAAUUUCUUAAUACCCUGAAUUCUAUAGUGCACGUUAUUAUGAAAGGCCAAGACAAACUUCAAAUUGAAGCUGAAAAACGUGAAGAACUCUUUGAAAGGCGCUUUAACGAAUGCAUCAUGGAAGUUGAAGAUGGCCUUAAUAACACCAUGGAUAUAUUAAAUGAUGCUGUUGACUCUAUCCGUGAUGAAUUUGUGACAAAGUCGGCAAUUUCUGAUAUGCAAAACAAAGCUGAGCUUUACACUAAUGCUACUAUUGAGAAACUAGAAAGUGCUUUGUUAGCCAUUCCUGCGAUGAAUGAAACUCUGCAAAACCUGACCACUGCACCUAGAAUCCAUAAAGAUAACAGCACAUCUACACAUUAUGCUGUUGGGUUUAGUCAAGAUGACACCAGCAUGGCCUCUUCCUUUCUAGAGUUGUCACAGAAGAUAAACAGUUUACAGUCCAAAUUGUUUGAGUGUCAAGUAAACAUUACUAAAAUAGAGGAAAAUGUAGAGAUUUCUGUAACUAAUGUGCAAAAUUGUCAAUCUCGUGUACAAAUUAUAGAAUCCCAAGUAAAUAUGAUCCUGGCUAACCCUACUGCUUUACCAAAAGCGAAACCUGUUGAAGUUCUUACCAAUCAAAAAAGUGUCCUGCAGGAAGUAUAUUCCAGAAUUAAAGCUCUUGAAUUUAAAUCCAUCCGGCUGUCAACAAGUAUACCACAGCUGAAUAAAACUGCAAAUGAGGCAAAGGUCUUAUGUCAAACUGUAUUUGUCACUGUUAAGAAAGUCAAUGAAAGUGUGCCAAAAUUAGUUGAAGCAGCUCAGCCAAACAUAGCAAGUUUGCAGAAAGGCUUUGAGGAGCUCAUACGUUCUUUAAUACAAAUUAAGAUGUCAACUGUCUUGACAAACUUAACAGGAUAUGUAGAUAAAUCACUAUCUGAUAUCACAACCAAUAUGGCCAAACUUCAAAAACAGAUGAAGGCUCCAGUGAAGAAGACACUUGUCCCAAAGAAGCUUUCCAUUAAUCCCACAGUAUCUAUUAUUGGCCGAAGCCAACGAAAUUCUGAUAUUAUAGAUCAAGCUAAUGACCACUCCAGCUGCAGCAGCUCUCCUUGCUAUAAUGGUGGUACUUGCAUCAAUGACCUGAAAGGUUUUGUGUGUGCCUGUCGUCAUCCUUUUGGAGGACUGAACUGCAGCCUAAAGAUGACAGAUGAGAAUGCUCAAUCUCUAGAUUUCUCCAAAGGAUCUUAUCGGUAUGCGCCAAUGGUGGCCUUUUCUGUCUCUCACACAUAUGGGAUGACAUCUCCUGGACCGAUCCGAUUUAACAAUCUCUAUGUAAAUUAUGGAUCUUCAUAUACACCCAGCACAGGGAAAUUUAAUGUGCCCUAUCUGGGGGUAUAUGUGUUUAAGUUUACCAUUGAGUCCUAUAGCCCUCGAUUGUCAGGCUAUUUAGUGGUUGAUGGAAUUGAUAAAAUUGCAUUCCAGUCUGAAAACAUUAACAGCAGCGUGUAUAGUGACAGGACGGUGACAGGGGAUGCUUUGCUAGAACUAAACUAUGGGCAAACAGUCUGGCUCAGGUUAGCCACGGGCACCAUCCCUGCACAAUACCCGCCUGUCACGACAUUUAGUGGCUACUUAUUAUACCGUACAUAAUUGAUAUUCAAUAUAUUAUAUGCUUGUAUUUACAGAGAGUCAAUAAUCAAAGUUAUUUUCAUAUAUUUAAGUAUAUGUAAA